ACUUCCCAAGAAGCAGGUCUAUCUCUCUCUCAAGACUGAAACUACAGCGGACCGCAGCCGACGACUUCUACUUUUCUGAAAGAUGGAGUUUUCUGCAAAUAUCGUUCUUCUCGCCGUACUGGCCGCCUGUACCGUUACCGAGGGAGCCGUGAGGAACAUACGGUCUCGGGGUGACACCAUCCCGCCUGGACAACCCGACAGCUCGCAGACCGAGGUGGGCCUGACCACAGCUACCGACGCGGAAGGGAACUGCCUGUACUCCUACCACGUGCCCGUCGAAGCCAGCAACCUCCGGCCGUGCCCGGCCAACACGCACUCCACGGUGCUGGCCCAGCUCCGGGCGGACAUGGCUGCACAGGCCACCGCCGCCAACACACGGAUUACCGACCUGGCCGCCAUGGUCGAACUGCUCCAGGAAAGCCUUGCAGCUCAGCAGCGCCACAUAGAAGCCCUGCAGAGAACUGCAGAAUCUCAGGCAUCCAGCUCACACAACCGAAUCCCCGGAGUUCUGCGACCUUACCGUCUGUUCGGUAGAUAAAAAGGACCACACUGAACUAGCUAUGUACAUCAAAGCCUUAACAAACCAUGUGUGGAUCUCACACUACGCUGCCAGUCAUAUACAACAUUGUAGAUACUGAACUUGUAAUUUAUUUAUUCAAGACUUUUUGUAACUUUUUAUGCAUUCUGGUAAAUGCACCUAUCAAUCAUUCUUUUUUAUGAUUCAAAUAUAACUAUCAUUAGGCAGAUUACUAACACUCUCUUGUAAAUAAUAAAAACCUCUGUUGAUAAACAAUGUUAUUACUGUCAAACACAACUGAAAAAUCACAAAGUGCCAAAGUUUUGUAGUAUUGUAACUGAUAUCUGAUUGGAUCCAUAGAUUAUGAUAAAGCUCCAUAUCAGAUAUAGUAUGUGACUACAAUUGAAAACUCAAUCUGAUGAUGAUAAUGUUACUAUGAAACAUGUACUUAAAACAUCCAUUUUCCACAUUGACAGUGAAUAUGCUGUGUGGAUAUGUACAAAAUAAAG